GGGGUCUGGGGCCCCCGCGGCCCCGGCGGCCCCGCGGCAGCCACCACAGCCGGAGCACCGUAAGUCGCCCGCCGGCCAUGGCGGCUGCCUCCGCCGCGGCCUCGCGGGCCCCGCGGCUCGCGCUCGCGGCGGCUGGCGGCGCCGCGGCGGGCGUGCUGGCGACGCUGGCGGUGCAGCGCGCGGAGCGGUGGUGGCGGAGGCUGCUAGCGCGGCCGCGCGUGGCCGGCGGCACUGGCGCGCUGUACCUGGGCGUGGACCUUGGUGGCACCACGGUCUCCGUGGGGCUCGUCGACGACGACGGCGCACUGCAGGGCGACGUCCGGUCCGCGCUGCUCAGCGACGUCUGCAGCGCGCACACGCCCGAGAGGGUGGCGGCCUGCAUGGCCAGGCUCGCCCAGGAGGCGCUGGCCUCAGCCGGGCGCGCGCUGGGCGAGGUUGCGGCGGUGGGCGUGUGCUCGCCGGGCCUGCUGGACUUCGAGAGGGGUCGGAUCAAGGUGGCGGCGAACCUGCGGGGCUGGCGGGACGUGCCUCUGACGGAGCUCCUCGCGGCGGCGCUGGGCGUGGCUGCCUCGAGAGUGGUGUUGGAGCACGACUCCAACACCGCGCUGCUGGCCGAGGCCCCAAGCCAAUGCUACUAG